AUGACAACCGGAAACCGGGGUCUAGGGUUUCCCACCGACCAAUACGACGAUAAUGGCUGGAAGCUAUACAUAACAUCACUCGUCAUGCUCAUCAGCGCUGGCAUCUUUGUCAUUCUACGAUGCUCAACGCGGCUUUGGUUCCGCAAGUUUGGCUGGGACGAUGCAACGAUUGUGGCUUCACUGUCCUGCUCAGUCCUGCUAUCGGUCGCCAUUCAAUUAGCCAUCUCCCACGGAUACGGCAUGCACAAGGCCGACCUGUCCAAAGAUGAGCUGCACAUGGCCUUGAAGUACUUCUUCAUAGCCCAGACACCAUACAAAGUCACCGUGUGCUUGAACAAGGUGGCCACCGUCUUGCUAUACUUGCGGCUCUUCCCCUCCCCGCGAUUCCGGGCCGCAGCAUUUGCAACACUGGCCAUCAUCAUAGCAGCGAGUAUCGGGUCAAUAUGCGCGACCAUUUUUCAGUGCGUCCCUGUCGCUGGCGCUUGGAAUCACUCCAUCGAGGCCCGGUGCAUCAACUCGGGCCAGUUCUGGGUGGCAUAUGCGGUCAUGAACAUUCUGACCGAUGUCAUGGUGCUCCUUCUACCGAUUCCGGUGAUCAAGAAUCUAAGCCUCGGCAGGCGUGACAAGGCCAUGCUAUACGGUCUUUUCCUUCUUGGAGGCUUCGUAACCAUAACCUCCAUACUCCGAACCACAUCUGUCCAAUACUCGUUGACGAACAGAGCGGACAUUACAUUCAACUUCAUCCCGCGCGGCAUCUGGACGCUGAUCGAGGCCAACCUGGGCAUCAUCAUCCCCUGCCUCGUCAUCCUGCGCCAGCCGCUCGGCAUCCUGCUACCACGCCUCUUCGGGCCCUCCUCACCCCACGCGCACGCCGCGUUCCGGAAGCCGCGGGGCGACAUGGAAAAGGGCUUCGCGCUGUCGGACCUCUCCACGAGCCAGGCGGAUGGCGGCGGCCUCUGGUGCGGCUCCAACCUGGCGCAGCAGAGCGUCGUCAUCAGCGGGCCCGGGACGCCGGCGGGCCGGCGCAGCGAGGAGCAGCACCCGCCGCACUUCUUCUUCGACGUGUCGAGGGACAGCGACAGCGAGGCGGACGGCAAGACGCCGGCGGUCAUGCGGGGGAUCUCCAAGACGGUGGAGGUGGUGCGGACGUCGGUUCAUCAGGAUCGCGCGUACUACCACACGGGUGGGUUUUCGAGCCCGUCGCAAGCUUCUGGGCCGUCGUAUAGCUCAAAGUAG